CAGGAGAGCCAAUGGUUAAAAUUUACGAUACCUACUAUUGUUUUCUCACGGUGAUCUGAUCUGAUCUCCAUUGCGAAGAAAAACAAGUAAACAACACAAACAAAACGAAAUCAGCCAAUGGCUUCUCGAUGGAUCCGUCCUGAGGUGUACCCGCUGUUCGUGACCACCGGCGUGGCCGUGGGGAUCUGCGCGAUGCAGUUGGUGCGCAACAUCACCACCAAUCCGGAAGUGAGGGUGACGAAGGAGAAGAGGGCGGCGGGCGUGCUGGAGAACUUUGAUGAGGGGAAGAGGUACUCCCAGCACGGCGUGAGGAGGUUCUGGCUCUCCAAGCGCCGGGACUACAUGCACGUCUUGGACAACGACCCCUCGCCCAAGUAGACGCCUUGGACGGACAGCAACGCAUAAUUUGGGUACAUAUUCAUUUAUUAAUCCUGAGCCUUCUCACAAUGCCUAUUAAUACUGACCGGAUGAAUUAAUCAACAAUAGGUCAUUCCCCAGUCUGGGAUUUCUUGCUCUAUUAAUUUAUCUGUCCAUAUAUGGUACUUCUAUCAAUGUGUUUCCUUCUCCCUCUUUUUCGAAAAAAAAAAGUGAUAUCUGUUUAAACUUGUUGUGUUCAGCUGUUUACACAGCUGGCCGGUUUCCACGCUGUAUGAUGAUGGUACUAUUCAAUACAUAUAUGGUACUCCAAAAUACCGUGUUCUUUU